AUGCAAUUGCCCCGGUGGUGAGAACUGAGCGACCUUUGUGCUUGGACAGGACAGGGUCGGGGGACAGGCAGGAUGAGCCCCGCGACCACUGGCACCUUCUUGCUGACAGUAUACACUAUUUUCUCCAAGGUACACUCUGAUCGGAACGUAUACCCAUCUGCUGGAGUUCUCUUUGUUCAUGUUUUGGAAAGAGAGUAUUUUAAGGGGGAAUUUCCACCUUACCCAAAACCUGGCGAGAUUAGUAAUGAUCCCAUAACAUUUAACACAAAUUUAAUGGGUUAUCCAGACCGACCUGGAUGGCUUCGAUAUAUCCAAAGGACUCCUUAUAGUGAUGGAGUGCUAUACGGAUCUCCAACAGCUGAAAGCGUGGGGAAGCCAACAGUCAUUGAGAUAACAGCCUACAAUAGACGUACUUUUGAGACUGCAAGACAUAAUUUGAUCAUUAAUACUAUGUCAGCAGAAGAUUUUCCGUUACCAUAUCAAGCUGAAUUCUUCAUUAAAAAUAUGAAUGUAGAAGAAAUGUUGGCCAGUGAGGUUCUUGGAGACUUCCUUGGGGCAGUGAAAAAUGUGUGGCAGCCGGAACGUCUCAACGCCAUAAACAUCACGUCGGCUCUAGACAGGGGAGGCAGAGUUCCGCUUCCCAUUAAUGACAUGAAGGAGGGAGUUUAUGUGAUGGUUGGUGCUGAUGUCCCGUUUUCUUCUUGUUUACGAGAAGUCAAAAAUCCACAGAAUCAGUUGAGAUGCAGUCAAGAGAUGGAACCUGUAAUAACAUGUGAUAAAAAAUUCCGUACCCAGUUUUACAUUGACUGGUGCAAAAUUUCAUUGGUUGAUAAAACAAAGCAAGUGUCCACUUAUCAGGAAGUGAUUCGUGGAGAGGGGAUUUUACCUGAUGGUGGAGAAUACAAACCCCCUUCUGAUUCUUUGAAAAGCAGAGACUAUUACACGGAUUUCCUAAUUACACUGGCUGUGCCCUCGGCAGUAGCACUGGUCCUUUUUCUAAUACUUGCUUAUAUCAUGUGCUGCCGACGGGAAGGAGUGGAAAAGAGAAACAUGCAAACACCAGAUAUCCAAUUGGUCCAUCACAGUGCUAUUCAAAAAUCUACCAAAGAGCUUCGUGACAUGUCCAAGAAUAGAGAGAUAGCCUGGCCGCUGUCAACACUUCCUGUGUUUCAUCCUGUAACUGGGGAAAUCAUACCUCCUCUACACACAGACAAUUACGACAGCACUAACAUGCCACUGAUGCAAACACAGCAGAACUUGCCACAUCAGACUCAGAUUCCACAACAGCAGACUGCAGGUAAAUGGUAUCCCUGAAGAAAGAAAACUGACCGAAGCAAUGAACUUGUAAUGAGACAAUACAGCCGUUCUAUCUUAUUCAUUUUUUUCUUUUAAUAAUGCAUGGGCUUUUCUGGCAUAUGGUGUGCAUGUUGACAGUAUUAAGUAUGUAUCAGAUAAUACAACAUAAUUUUCAUUUUAUUAACAUGUUUUGUACUUAAAGCAUUUUUGACAUUUUGUAAAACGUAAAACACUGAUGAAUUUUAUAUUUGUUACAAUAAAAGUGGUCUUUAAAAUAAAUAUUAUUAAUGAAGC